GGGACUUGAAAGCAUGCAAAGUGCCUCCCAGAAGGCAUGUAGAUGUGCUUCCCACUGCUUUUACUCUGAAGAUACUACUAGUGCGUUUAAGAAAGGCUUCGGAGGUGGAGUUCUAGUGCAUAUUGUAUCAGAAAAGCGCAUGGAAGAUCAAUAUCCUGAAGUAGACUACUCAGAAAGCAAUGCAAUGAUGGUAAUGGCGCUAGCUUCUCACCACCACCACCACAACCAAUUCCUCCCGAGCACUACCAGUACACCAAUUCUUAACUUCCUUCACCCAAAAUCCGAGCACCUGAUGGAGUCCCCCAUGGAACUAAAUGGCAUGCCCGCUAUCUCACAAGUUGUUCGACCACCCUCUUGCUCCUCCUCGUCAUCGGGGAAUUCCUCUUCAUCUUCUCCAACCAUGGCUUCAAAGCCUCCAAGGUCGUUCACCUUCUUCCUGCAGAAAGAACCCAUGGUUCAGCCAUCCGCCCUCCUCACCUCUAGAAAUAUCCCUCUUUCCUCAGCAGACCCCAAUAUAAACCUCCAAAUGUAUCAAAAACUUCAGGAGCCCGGUAUGGCUGAAGGGCUACAACUUCACCACUUGGGAUCCAUCAGUUCACUCUCUUACAGUGGGCUGGAAACAUCAACAAAAGGUAGGCAGCAGCAGCAGCAGCAGCAGGCAAAGCUGUUCCGGGGGGUGAGACAGCGACACUGGGGGAAAUGGGUGGCGGAGAUAAGGCUGCCAAGGAACCGGACGAGGGUCUGGCUGGGGACCUUCAACACGGCUGAAGAGGCCGCCAUGGCCUAUGACAUGGCCGCCUACAAACUGAGGGGAGACCUCGCCCACCUCAACUUCCCCCACCUCAAGCACGAGCUCCGCGACGCCGUCAGUGGAUCCAGUCACCCACAUCAUGCCGCCACAGCUUCCCUCCUGGAAGCAAAGCUCAAGGCCUCCCGCAAAUUCUCUGCCUCAUCCACUUCUAAUCAACCAAAACGACAUCCAGAAAAGGACUUCUUGCGCAUGGGCGUUGGAGAACGCAUGCCACAAGUUAAGAAACAGAAGAAAACUGGGACUGAUGAAGAAGCUGCCUCAACAUCCAUUGCAAGUACUCGGAGCAGGAAGGAGCUGCCAUCAGAUUUGGAAGACAAAAAAUUGGGAGGGGAUGCAGAUGGAGUUUUGCUCAGCAGUAUGCCCUCUCUGGACAUGGAUAUGAUUUGGGAUUCUCUCCCCACUUCUGCAUCAGACUCCUGAUUAUUUCUCCUCUUUCCUUUCUUGCUUUUCUGUAGUAGUUUUUCUUCUUUGAUUCAUGUUAAGUGAUUUGCAAAUGAUCUGCACUUCUACCACUUUCCAUGACUUGCAUCAUUUAGCUCCCUGGACGUUUUUGAAGAGUUUGCCUUCUUAGACAUAAAGAAUUUGAUGUCAAAUAAGGAGGUUAAGGUGAUAGUUCAAACGAUGCCCAGCAAUAGAUUGGAAGGCAAACUAGUUCCUGGAGCGUGGUAGAUGUCAUAUUUUCAGUGGGUUUGUUUCCAUUCAUUCCAGAA